AUGUGGAUUUUUAGGGUGAAGCGGCCGCCGGGUUCUCCGCCUGUCUUCAAGGCGCGUUACGUGGCUCGAGGCUUCAGUCAGCGGCAGGGAGUUGACUACUUUCAGACCUUCUCUCCCACCCCGAAGAUGAUCACUCUUCACAUGCUACUGUACAUUGCCGCUGAGCGCGACUACGAGCUUCACUCUCUUGACUUCAGCACAGCUUUCCUGCAGGGCAGCCUGCACGAGGAGAUCUGGCUACGCCGCCCUCCUGGCUUUACUGGGUCGUUUCCUCCUGGUACCCAGUGGAGCCUCCGGCAGCCAGUCUACGGUCUCCGCCAGGCGCCCCCCGGCCCGUCGCUGUUUCUGCGCACCGACACCUCUCUGCCGCCGUUCUACAUCCUCGUGUACGUCGACGACUUGGUCUUUGCCAUUGCUGACACUGCUGGACUCGCCCACGUGAAGUCCGAGCUGCAGAAGAGGCACACGUGCACAGACCUGGGUGAACUGCGCAGCUACCUUGGCUUGUAG